AUGCGCUCAUUCGCUGUUCUCCUUACUCUCGGUCUCGCCGGCUCCGUCAUGGCAGCACCUGCUCGGGUCCCCGCCCCGCGUGCUUCCAAGGACGUCAUGCCACUGCACCGCCGCCUCCCCCACCUCGCGAACUCCGUCAUUGUCGUCCUCGCUUCCUCCGCCACCACCCUCUCUUCCAAACUCACUACCCUCCUCCCCUCCACUUCCACUUCCGAGGAGGACGAGACCGACAUGGUAGAGCUGGACGAGGAGGAGGCGUAUUACGGGACGUACGGGUCCUACGAGGACGAUGUCUCUGAAUGGGAGGACAGGCACGCGCAGUGCGCCGAGGUCUGCCGGGUGCGCACUAUCCAGGGUGCCAGCUCGGGCAAGGAGGCGCUGUGCAGCGCGGACGGGCUCGAGUCUACGCUCGCAUGCGCUCAAUGUAUCGACCUGACCUGGCCCGAGGAUCUCUGGGAGAACUCCGCCAUGGCAGAGUACACCCGCGUCGCCCUGACGUGCGAGGCUCCUUCGCCUGAAUCUGCUCAGCUUUCCCUUUAA